AGAUCUAGAUAUACCGGAGGCAGCAACUACUGAAGAGACCCGUUGUACACAUCGAGUCUUCAUUUGCCGAAGAGCGUUGGACAGUUGGGUUCAACCAGUUGUUCGGGCGCCUGGUAACUAAUAAAUGUGAUUUCGUCCGCGAGACUUAUUUAUUUAAUUGCUGGCAUUACUUUUUGUAUGUGCUGAUUCUCGGCCUUAACCUAAUGGCUAAUUUCACACGAUUAGUUCUAGUGGUUCUUACGUGUUGGAUGUCUCUGGAGGAAAGUGGAACUGUAAAUGCUCAAAUUUCCGAAAGCACCGCUCUGAAGAAGAUUUUUGGACCAAAGUUUGGAAAUUUUGGAAACCACCCGCCACCUCGUCAUGACACACCCUCUUCCCCAUGUCGCUGCACUUGUGGAGAGAAAAAUGAAAAUAGCAGAAUCGUGGGAGGAAAACCUACAACAGAAAAUGAAUUUCCGUGGAUGGCAAGACUGUCCUAUUUCAAUAGAUUCUAUUGUGGAGGAAUGCUAAUUAAUGACCGAUAUGUGCUGACUGCAGCACAUUGUGUGAAAGGGUUCAUGUGGUUCAUGAUCAAGGUCACAUUCGGAGAACACGACCGCUGCAACGAUAACAAAAGGCCAGAAUCCAGAUUUGUCCUUAGGGCUAUCGCUGGCGCCUUCAGCUUUCUUAACUUCGACAACGACAUCGCGCUGUUGAGGCUGAACGACAGAGUACCCAUCACGCAAUUCAUCAAACCCAUUUGUUUGCCGAAGCUUAAAGACAAUUUAUACACUGGGAAAGUAGCUACAGCGGCUGGAUGGGGGACGUUGAAGGAAGACGGAAAACCGUCCUGUAUUUUACAAAAAGUAGAAGUUCCCGUCAUUAGUAAUGAAGAAUGCAGGAAUACGAAUUAUUCCGCCAAAAUGAUCUCAGAUAACAUGCUGUGUGCUGGAUAUCCCCAAGUUGGAAAAAAAGACUCUUGCCAGGGAGAUAGUGGAGGUCCACUCAUUACAAAGAAAAAUGAUUCUAGAUAUGAAUUAAUCGGUGUGGUGUCUUGGGGAAAUGGAUGUGCCAGACCGGGUUAUCCAGGGGUGUACACAAGGAUAACAAGGUAUCUGGAUUGGAUUUUGGAAAACUCUAAAGAUGGAUGCUUCUGCAAAGACUGAGAGUUAAGAUGAUGUUUUUCAAAAUUUGUGAUAUGUUUUUAGUAAAUUCUUUGCGUUUUGAUUGAUUUCUGUGCAAUCUCCUCUCAGAUGUUAAUAUUUAUAUUGUAUCAGUAAGUAUAGUUUACUUUUAUAUUAUAUUUUUUUAUACCUAUUACUCUUAAAUUACAACAACACUAGUAAGUUAAUAAUAAGUACUUUUAUGUUACUUUUCUCAAUGUUAGGUAAAAUAAAUGUUUAGAUAUAUUUUUUAAAUUAUAAGAUAAGUUAUAAUAAAACCAAAUUGUAUUUUCAAUAUGUUUAUUGAAUUUAUUAAACAAUGACUAGAUACUGACUUGAGGCAUGACUGAUAAUUUUUACACAUGGCUUUAUAGUUGGUAAAAAUUUGUGAGAACUUAAAAAUAGUCGUUUUUCUGUGUUGUGCAUGUGCGAAUAUUUAUACCUAUGUUGUUAAGAAAACACCAAAAAUAUACAAAAUUGCACUAAACAUGCAUCACAACAGAUUUCUAACUAUAAGUCGGAUAAAAUUAUCGCCACCUUUUUCGUUUCCCAGCUAUUAAAAGCAUUAUUUAUAUCAGCUUUACGAGUAAACAAAUUACCACCAAUUUGAGUCACCAAAGAACAAAAGUGUUCUUAUUAUUUUUUAACCAACUUGUAGCAAGAAAAGAAGUGAUCCAACAUACUGGUUCAAUCGUAUAUUAUGUAAUGAUUAUGUGGUUAAGUUUUAAAAAUAUUUUACACAUAUAUA